GCUUACAUCUCCAGAUUCUAAUUUCUGGAAAUUCUAUCAACAAAAGACUUCGAGGAUAAUUGGAUCAGGAUCUCUAUCGCCCAGAGCUGCCUGGAUUUAUUCCAGCAUGUUAUGGACGUAUCGGUAGUAAUUCCUGUCAAGAAUGGAAUGCCUUACCUGAAGGAAUGCUUGGAGUCAUUGCUACAGCAGAAUUUCGACGGAAAAUGGGAGAUCUGUAUGUACAACGAUGGCAGCACUGAUUCGACAAUAACAUAUGCCGAGUCGUUUAUACCACAGUUUCAAGAACGGAACAUUGAUCUUCGAAUACGUAGUGGAGCGGAAAGUGGAGGUGUUGGCUUCGCGAAGAACCAAGCUGUAAAAAUGUCUACCGGGCGUUUUAUCUGUUUCUGUGAUGCGGAUGAUGUUUCGGAGCUAAGCAGAUUACAAGAACAGUAUAACAUGGCGAUUUCUCGAAAGAGUGAUUUGGUUUUUAUUGGUAGCAACUUCACUAGAUUACCCGAAGGAUCUACAGAACGUUACACCAAAUGGGCCAAUGAGCUGACAACGGCGCAGUUAACAGUGCAGGUGUAUACGUCGCAUGGCCCAACCCUCAUAGCUCCAACAUGGUUUAUCUCAAGAAAACUCUUUUUCGUGGUAGGCGGAUUUAGAGACGACCUGCGAAGUGGGUUUCCCGAAGAUCUCGAUUUCUUCUACCGUGCAUUAGACGUAGAUGAUGUUGCAUUCGCUAAAGUAUACGAGCCCCUCGUAAAAUAUCGUUAUCAUCCAGGAUGUGCUUCUUUUGGAGUUUCCGAAGCUGCUAUAUGGAACAUGCGUGUUAGUCGCUUCUGCAGUCAUGUACUUCCUUUUUGGAAAACAUUUACUAUCUGGAAUGCUGGCAAACAGGGGAAGCGAUUUUUCAAGUCCCUUUCCGAAAGUGAUAAACAACGCGUUGUAUCGUUCUGCGAUGUCGACGUGAAGAAGAUCAAACGAGCAUGGCUGGAGGAUUAUGACGAAAAAGCACGAGUAGUUCGGUGGAAACUACCCAUUGUUCAUGUGAAGUCUGCACGCCCACCGGUGGUAAUCUGUGUGAAACUGGAUAUGACUGGUGGCGACCUGGAGCGCUUAGUAGCAGAAUCACAAUGGGAGGAGGGUCGCGACUAUGUUUACUUUAGCUGAAAGUUUAUCUGGUCUAUGUGAGACUGUUUUUGGGCAGCUGACAUCAUUGCAUUUUACUUACGGGUAUCAAGAUUCC